AUGAAGAAGCUCAAAGAUUAUCCAAGCGCGAAGAAGGAGGCUGAGAAGGUUCCCGGUCUUGAGAAGAAGGUCGCAGUGCAGAUCAGCGCAAUGAAUGAUCUAUCCAAAAAGGUUGAGGAAACAAGGGAGAUGGCAAAAUACGCCGAGGAGGAGCUCGAGAAAAUGAGGGCAGAAAAAGAGUCUCUGCAAUUUUUUCACGAGCAGGAGAUGGCUCGUCUUCGGUCUUCUCGUAGGCAUGAGGUUAAUCAGAUCAUCUCGAAAAGCGAUGCUAAGCUUCAGAAGAUCAAGAAGUCGAUCUCUGACAACGAGGAGGCGAACAAACUUAGUGCCUUGGGGGGAACCGAUGUCCCAGAUGACCGGUUCAAGGAGCUCGACGAGAAUUUUAAAAAGUUUGAGUUGGAUUUUGAAGCUCUGGAUGUUGAGGAAGUCACCGAGGAUGACCCCUCCUUAGUGGCUGUCUUCAAACCCUCCUCAGGGAGAGGUCGUGGUUGUCUCCGUAAAUCCUCCUCGAGUUGA